AUGUCUCCCCACCCCAUCGACCGCGCCCUCCCCGCGCUCCGCUUCGACGAGCUCGGGCUCCCCGACCUCGCCCAUGGCGGGGCGUGGUGCGCGGUGUGCUUGGACGAGUUCGAGGGCGCCGCGGAGGUGCGGCGCCCGACGGGGUGCGGCCACGUGUUCCACCGCGCGUGCCUCGACCGUUGGAUCCUCGCCUCCCCCGCCGCGGCGCUCGCGCUGCGCACGUGCCCGCUCUGCCGCGCCCCCCUCGUCUCCGGCGACGGCGCCGGCGACGAGCUCGCGCCGCUGCUGAUCCCCCUCUGCUUCGCCCCCUCGUAG